AUGGACGACGCUGGUCAGCCGCUGAGUCUGCGAGACCGCAUCCGCCAGCUCGAACAAGCCGCCAACUCGCCGCUCCAGCAGCCGCCAGCUACCCUCGCUGCGACCUCCUCCUUGUCCCCACCUCUUCGUCCAGCAUCAUCAGCGUCGCAGGGCGCGAGAACAGCUGCUACGGCGUCAGGAGAUGGACAGAUCGCGCGAGAUGACCGCGGGCGAACGGGCGGUGCGACUCGACGGACACCCUCACCCUCUCCUCCUCGCCCUCAAUUGGCCCAACUCCGCGCCCUCUACAACCAGUCUUCCGCCUCUUCUUCGUCACCAGCGAAAGGGCUGAAGACAGAGUCGGUCAAGGCGGACCCGCUGUCGGCUGCAGAAGCUCCCGUCAAGGCUGUCGAGGUUCCGCAGGCAGAAGGAUCUGCGGCGUCCAUGAGCGGUGCGCCUGCUUUACCGGCCAAGCCGAGGCCGUUGUGGGCUCACGAGAAGCGCAAGGCGGACGAGGGUCUGGCGAAGGAUGCGGAGGGGGUUCUGGCGGAUCCGCAAGAUGUGGGAAAGGAUGAGGAGGUGUCGAGGGAAGGUAGUGCGGGUCCAACAGCCUCGAAGAAACCGCCUGCUCCCCCGUCGUCGCGACCACGCUUCAUGCAGACGACGGAGACGUCCCAAGCAGCAACUCCGAGCGGCCCAGCAUUGAGUACAUCGCCUGCUCGCUCUCCCUCAUCCCCUCUACGCUCCGCGACUCUCAGUACUCCUUCACCUUCACUUGCGCCUCAGCUACCACCUCGCCGCUCUUCCACACUAGACGCCCCACCACCUCCCAAAGCAGGCAGCACAAGUCCCGCGCUCCCGCCUCGACCAUCCCAGCCCACCCUUUCCUCCACCUCGCCCAGCUUACCCGCCAAGCGACCAGACCCUCCACCACGACCAGGCUGGAUCCCUCCGCGCUCAUCCGCCAGCCCCGCUUCAGGUCGCACCUCGUCGCCCGCUCCCCCCGCUCCCUCGGGCUCACAAGCGUCCUCUUCGGCGCGUCCGCCAUUACCAGCCAAACCCGCGUCCCAAGAUCCUCUCUCCGCGCCUCUCAAACCCGCUUCUCCUUCCCCAGCCCUCCCAUCUCGCAGAUCGACUCUCCCUUCCCCUUCUCCCUCGCCCUCGCCUUCACGCAACCCCGCUACCGCCCGCAGACGCUACGACCGAGUCUUUGAUGCGUGUAUCGAGGGGAAGGAGAACGGUGAGAGGGUGGGUGCCGAGGUGGUGAGGGAGGUUUGGAGGAGGAGUAGGCUUGAGGAUGCGGUGUUGAGGCGGAUAUGGGAGGACGUCCACCCAUCGCAACCUUCCUCGUCCUCGCCCUCCCCCUCGCUCGACCGCUCCUCCUUCGCCCGCGGGAUGUGGCUAAUAGACGAAGAACUACGGCGGAGACAGUCUCAGCGACAGCAGUCCAGUAUGCGGGUGUAA